GCUCGCCAUCAUUGGAUGGAGGAUUACAAGUAUCUAUUCAAAGUGGUACUUGUGGGAAAUGCGGGCGUUGGGAAAACAUGUCUAGUCAGAAAGUUCACACAGGGUAUAUUUCCUCCUGGUCAAAGUGCAACAAUCGGCGUCGAUUUUAUGAUAAAAACUGUUAAAGUAGGGAACGAUAAAAUUAAGCUUCAAAUUUGGGAUACGGCAGGUCAGGAGAGGUUUCGAUCGAUUACGCAGAGUUAUUACAGAAGCGCCCACGCAAUAGUUCUAGUGUACGAUGUAUCGUGUCAACCAUCAUUUGAUUGUCUUCCAGAAUGGCUUGGUGAAAUCGAAAGUUAUGCAAAUCGGCGAGUUUUGAAAAUUCUUGUUGGAAACAAAGUCGAUAAGGGAGACGAACGGGAAGUUCCCGAACGAAUUGGAAGAGAUUUUUCUGAUGUCAACCAAUUCGACUAUUUUCUUGAAACUUCGGCACUUGACGCGACAAAUGUAGAUCAAUUGUUCGAACAAGUCGCCACAAGGUUAACAAAUGAUAUGAAACUCACUGAUGAACGGGUACACCAAUUCCGAGCAGACGCGACGAACUCCUCUUCCAGCACGGGCGGUCCCAUCAAAUUAAUCGAUCGAGCGCAGACACAACUGAAUUCCUGUUGUACUCGACAAUCUUAGCAUUAUCUUUUUCCUCAAUUUUUUGUCAAACUGUGAUAAUUCAAAUUUCUAUUUUUUUUUUUUGAACAAUCUUCCCUAGUCAAUUCUUUCAUUAAUAUCAUCAUCCUGUGCUAAAUCAUUACAGUAUUUCUUUCUUUUUUCUUUAAAAAUUGCAUUUUCUUUUCAAAUUUUUCUCUGAAAAUUUGAAAUUCUCCCCCCGUAGCCAGUCAAUCUCAAUCCGCUCAUUUUCCAUAAUAUUUGCCUUUUUUGUACACAUUUUGGGUGAUUUUAUUGUUUUAUUUUUAUUUUUUGAAAAUUUGAAAUUAAAUUUUAUAUUUGAAA